ACACACACGCGCUUACUAAAAAAAACUAAAAAAAGUAACGAAUAAAAAAUACGCCGAACUACAUACGAAUUUCGAAGACAGUGAUAGUGGUAUAUUGAUUUCUUUUUUAAUAUUGGAUAGUGUUGUUCAUCGUUUGGUUAAGUCGACAGUUUAAUGAAUGAAGUGUACUAGGAAGUUACGUCAUGCGUAGUGUUGUGCCUGUUCCUGCGCUCCGAACGGUGGGCGAUUUGUUAACAAUGAGUGCUCAUUAGAGGGUAAAGGAUGUGGCUAAUGGGCGCGGUGUGCGUGCUGUGCACGUUGCUGCACGCCGUGGACGCACAGUGGAGGUGCCCGGGUCUCUCUGCACGACCGGCGGCGGAGUGCUCGUGCGAUCUCCCACACACGUUGCGAUGUGCCGGCGACCACACUGCUUUACAGAUCAUAGGCCGUCACCUCCGGGAACAAAAAGCUAGAAACAAGAACACAGCAGUAUCACUUCUGGACUGUGCACUCCGAGGAGUAUCAGUACUGUCCUCAUCUUCAGUGUCAGAACUGGCUGGAGUUGGGUUGCACGGGCUGGUCAUAUCUUCUGGAGAUAUAAGGAGGGUACAGCAAGGAGCGUUUAGUACUGUUGCCGGAAGUUUAUUUGCUUUGGGUCUUCCCAAUAACCAGUUAUCAGUGGUGCCAACUGAAGCAUUGACCAGACUAUGGAACCUCGAUCGCUUAGAUUUGUCAAAUAAUAAAAUUCAUACAUUAGACGCUAAUUCAUUUAAGGGUGUCAAGAAUUUGACAUAUUUGGAUUUAAGUGACAACCAGUUGACUGACAUUCUGGAAGGAGCAUUCGUACCACUGGUAAAACUGAGUGUAUUGAGGUUAAGAGGGAAUUUACUCAAAGUACCGACCCUGGUCACAUUGAAGGAGGCUAACAUGCUGAGGGAUUUAGAUUUAUCCAGUAAUGCCCUGGAAGGACCUCUGGGUCCAUCCACAGUGCCCACACUGACCUGCCUCAAUACGCUCCAGUUGUCGGAUAACACUUUUGCAAGCAUACGACGAGGUGCUCUGUCUGGUCUUACAAACUUAACUCAUUUGAAGUUACACAACAACCAGAUAGACGUACUUGAGGACUAUGCGUUCAAACACAUUGCUAACUUGACGCACCUGGAUUUGUCGCACAACGAGAUCGUGGCUGUAUCUGGAGCAUCUCUAGCACAGCUAACCAACUUAGUACACCUGGACCUGUCUCACAACUUCCUCCGAUCCCUCUCUGCUGAACCCCUGAAGUCUCUUCGACGACUGACCGAGUUACUACUCCAUGAUAACGAUAUCUCGAUGAUAGAUGACGAAGCUUUGGCGCUGCACAAGGAUCUCGGCCGGUUCACCAUUGAAGAUAAUCCCCUUAAUUGCGAUUGCCUAAUGGCCGGAUUCGCAAGGUGGUUGAGGGAGGCAAAAAACCUGCCCCAAACAGAUAAAUCUGCUGCCGUGUGUGCUACUCCACCGCAUUUAGAAGGUGCUUUGCUAUCUAGAUUGUCGAAAAACAAGCUAUGUGACGACGAACAUGCAGACAAACAGAAAGACGGAAAUUAUGAUUUAAAUAAAGUACCUCGUGACGAAGUACUAGCGAAUUCUAUCGUGGAUGAUUAUAAAGUUGCUGUUGAUGAUAACGUUGAUGUUUAUGGCGAUAAGCAAGAAGGUUUAGAUGAUGAUUUGUAUGAUGAAGAGUUAGAAGUGCCUGCUGAAGAGGACUUGCCGAUUUCUGAUGCUAAGGUACACCUAAUAGACGCAUGGUACGACGAUGAAGAAGUCCAUUUAUCCUGGGUGGUGGAACCCCUAUCAGCUAACCGUUACAGGUGUACUGGCGUAACCGCUUCAAGAGCUGGUGGUCUACCGAAGCAUGUAGCCUGUCAUAGAGCUACUCCAUCCAAUGUGGUGCUGCGAGGAUUGAAGAUUGAUGCUGUUGAUCCUUACACGUUCUGCAUAGCAUUAGAAGAAAUGGACAGUUCUGAUGUGCCUCUUUCCUUGGUAUUGGGCUGCGGUGCCCCAAUGCAAGUGAGACAGCGAGCUACGUUUGCUACGGUUGUCCCUAUAGUCGUUACUCGAGCCCCUGAGAGUAAUCCUUUAAGAGUCUCCGAAGUCCGAUCAAACGUAACGAACGAAGGAGUCCUAACAGUUCUUAUAUCAGUCUUAGGUCUUCCACAAAGGCCACAAUAUGUAUUACCUCGCUCCCAAAGACUGUCCAACGACAUUCGACCAAUCAACAACUGCUACAUUGUUUUAGCCGUUUUAUCAAGAGGCUCAUUAGUAGCCCAGAAAGAUACUCCAUGCCAAUCUACUCUGGAAAUAUCCAUGGAAGGUUUUAUCAGAGGACCUUAUGAAGUCUGUGCAAGAUGCGAAUUGACUCGUGAACUUUUGAAGAAUAAUUUCUCAAGGACAUUUCUUAGCAAUUGGGUAUGCCUAAUAGAACAGGAGAGUGACAGAAAUACCUCAGCUUUUGUAGUGAAGAGUUCUAGGAGAAAGUACUAUGGACUGUUCCAAAUAGGAAGUGAAUGGUGUAAGGAAGGCAAGAAAGGUGGGAAGUGUGAUAUUACUUGCGAAGCACUGUUAGAUGAAGACAUAAAAGACGAUGGCAUUUGCGCAGUGAAGGUGUUCGAGCAAGAAGGAUUCAAAUACUGGUCAAAAUGGGAGGCCAGAUGCAAGGGACAACUAUUGCCUGAUAUUGAAAAAUGUCCAGACUGGGUGCACCCACCCAACAGAGCGUCUCCACCUCGAGACAAAAGAACAGCAAGAGGCAAGAGAAGUAUCCGAAGAUUUAGCCGAAAAUCCAUAUUUCUGAGCCAACCUUUUUAGACUGUGGUUCUUAAAGUAGUUUGUUAAGGUGGAUUGUGUGUGUACUUAGUCUGAAUGGCGUAAAAGCCCUUAAAGAAAACGGGUCUUUUGUGUAGGUGGGGGAAAUCAUCCAAUGACUUCUCCCGCCUUGGGUGAGGGGGGAGUAUCAGAGUCAAUAAGAGACUAACUAAAAACUACUUCGUUCCUACUGCUGCUUCAAGCCGGAGCCGCAGUAACCCGCGAGGUCGAAAAGAGUGAUACUUGGAGGGUGAAUGAGCUCAAACUUAAAUCUUGCCACAAAUUAUUGAAAUAAUGAAACGUCAUGAAUUAAAAAUUUGUUAAGUGUUUAAAGAACAAAAAUCAUUUGUGAUAGAACUGUCACUUUUUUAAUGUAAGUACAGGUUCUUGUAAAUCAUUAUACAUUUAAAUAAACAUUGUUUAAAAAAAA